UCUUUACUAGCGGCUAGUAGCUAGUGGUGUUCAGCUAUGUUGGGUUAGGUUUGCUUUUUGUUUUUUGAGAUUAACACCAUCAUGUCUGUGUUAGAGGGUGGCGCGCCGUGUGAAACAGAUAUCAGUGAUUCAGUUAAUCCAGACUCGGCAUCUGUUUCAGACGCCGACACAGUACAAAACACUAACGCCCCUAGUUGUCAUGUUGAAGACUCCCAGAACGACAGUGAACUUCUUAAAGGCCUGCUGACCGAUACCUUCUGUCAGGUGUGUGAGGCAGUAUUGCUGUUUGAAUCUCAGAGAGUCUCUCAUUAUGAGGGAAAGAAGCAUGCUCAGCGAGUCAGAAUCUACUUACAGAGCAAGAAAGCAGAAAAGAACAAACAAAGUCAAGAGUGUGGCAGCUUUCCUAGCAGUAAGGUAGAUCCAGAGAAAGUCUGUGAGCUGUGCAACAUGGUAUUCAGCUCUCCUGUGGUCGCCAGGUCACACUAUGAGGGUAAAGUCCAUGCCAAGAACAUGAGGAAAAGCGACACUACACUCUCCGCAGAUAUCAGGACCACUGCGGGCUCAGUGGCUCUCCCUGUGCCUGCUAGGGAAGGUACUGCAGGGGUUAAAGUGGAUCAGGAGCAGAAGGAAAGCACUGCUUCUGCUGCUCAGGAGGUCGAUCUCAGUGACCCAGACAAGUAUUGUAAGCUGUGUACAGCCUCUUUCAACAACCCCCUUAUAGCCCAGCAACACUAUAGUGGACGCAAGCACCAGCGCAACCAGGCUCGCCAGGAGAUGCUCAGCAAACUCUCAGAGGAGUCUGAGCAUGCAAGCUCUCUAACAUGUCCAGUGUGCUGUGUGACUCUCAGCUCCAUAGAGACAUAUCAGGCUCACAUGCAGGGCAAUAAACACUUUGUCCAAGAAAAGAAGAUAGUUGGUUUAUGCAAAUCACAGAAGAAAGUGUACGACUCGUUCCAGGAUGAGUUGGCUGACUACAUCCAGGUCCAGAAAGCUCGGGGGUUGGAGCCCAAAAGAGGACUAGGCCCAGGACAGAGAAGUGCAGAGGAGGAAGUGAAAGAGGGUGAGCCAUUAGAGGAGGAGCCUCCUCCUGCUCCAUCACAUCUGCCUCAUCCUCCUCUUCCUCCUCCUCUUCCUCCUGCCUUCCAUCCACCACACUGGCGCCCGCCAUUUCAACAUCGAGCUGGUCAUUUUGGCUUCAGAGGCAGGUUCCCAGUACAGCACCAGUGGGGUCAAGGCUACCCACCCCAUCCUCCUCCUCUUAUCCCUGGCCUUACAGGUAGACCAGUGCGUAGGAGGCGGAGCCAAGAUUCAUUUAGCUCCUCUUCCUCUGACUCCUCAUCUUAUACUAGCACCAGCAGCAGCACCAGCAGCAGCAGUAGUAGCGAUACCAGCAGUGACAGCAGCAGAGACAGGAGGAGACGACGAAGAACAAGAAAAGAAAGAAUGAAGAGGAGUAGAGAGCAGAAUGAUGACUCUGAGAAAGAAGAGAGAAGGAGGACUAAGAGGAGGCGAAAGAAAGAAAAUGAGGAGGAACAAGGCCAUGUAAUGACAGGAAGGAGACAGAGGAGAAUGAGUUUUGAAGAGGAGCAAGGAGCAGACGAGGAUAAAGAGAGGAGGAAGUGGAAGGAGAAAAGCCACAGAGGAGAUUCCAGCGAGGAGGAUCAAUACAGGAGUAAGAGAAGAGUCAGCAGCAAGAGCAAGAGACGAAAAGAAGGGCAUCAUAGAAAAAGACAGAAAGAGGAGGAUGAAGGAGACCAGAGCAAAGGAUCUGUUGAAGAAGGUAUGGACAGAGGUGAGGGAGUGAAGGCCACGGUGGAAGAGCACACAGAGGAAGGAACUGAACUUAAAGAUGAGAGGCCAAAGCGCAAAAAAGACAAGAAGAAAGCAAAGGAAAGGAUGGAGGGAGGGGACAACAGGACUGAGGAGGAAAAGCUCUGGGAUGAAACCAUUUUGGGCAUAUUCUGAUAUUUUGAUGACUGUGUGCUGGCCCUUUAUUGGUCUCAACUCACUGCACCCCUACUGGGCAGACUGUAAGGAUUCAGGGCUGCAUAUAGGCAGACGUACCCUUGUUUUUGCAUCAGUGUCUUUCACCUGCCCAAAGUCUUGACUACAGGCUGACCUUUGUUUGUAACCUACAGGACCACAAAACGGCAUUUUUUUCUGAUGAUCUUCAGAACUUUUGUUUUGCAGACAGACUUUUGUUGUAUGAUAUAAAUGCAUGAUCUGCUACUACUGACCAUAAAUGUAUUUGCACAGUCGACAUGUGUAAACCAGCCAUGUUGAUAGUAGGACUAAACGAAUGUAUCUUCUCAGAUCCUACACUCUCACAUAAAAUAAACACAUUUACUAUUAA